CACGCAAGGCACCCCCAUCCCCACCCCCACCCACAAAGCAACUUAUCCCUAUCCGAACUUCCCCAUAAAACAGGUCAGAUUCAGACAAUUCAUAUCCGCUAGCUUCCACUAACCCUCGUACACACCAACACCGUACUGCGUUUUCUCUGCCCAACCGAGUACUCCUCCCUUGUCCUCAUCACCUCAACUUAAAUUAACUCCAACGUUUCGCUGCGUCCUCCCGAUAAGCUUGACGACCAGCUCGAGGCAUCAUCAUACCUACCAACCUACCUACUGUAUACCCAAAACCAACACAUCACUUCUUCUCUCAUUUCAACAACUAUAGACUGCUACUGCUAAUGGCAUUCGUGUGCAUGGCCAAGACUUUGCAACUCUCACCAUGUCUGAAUCAAGAGAGGAGAAUGCUCACAAGGGGUGGUGGUACUGAUCAGUCGUCUGUGGGGAGAGUUGGAGAUCAGGUGGUGCUGUGGAGAAGCAAGAAAAGGGAUUCUCUCUCUGUUGUCGUCAGGUGUUCGGCUGACGUCAACGGCGAUGGAGGUGGUGGUCGUACCUUGGAGGAGGUGAUGAGGGCCGCGCAGCCGUAUCAUCUGCUGCAUAAGGGUUGUACAUUGGUGGUGGUGUUGUCCAGUGAGAUUGUUGAUAGCCCUCACUUACCCUCCAUUCUUGAGGAUAUUUCUCUGCUUCAUGGGCUAGGAAUCAAGUUUGUUCUUGUGCCGGGGACUCAUGUCCAAAUUGACAGGCUUUUGUCUGAAAAGGGAUCUGAACCCAAGUACGUCGGCAACUACAGAAUCACAGACUCUGAGUCACUUACUGCUGCAAUGCAUGCAACUGGGAAGAUUCGAAUCAUGAUUGAAUCUAAACUAUCUCCCCGGCCUUCCUUAAGUGGAAUCCGUCGUCAUGGAGACACCCUUCGGUGGUAUGAUGCUGUUAGCGUCGCAAGUGGUAAUUUUCUGGCAGCUAAGAGAAGAGGAGUAGUCGAAGGCAUUGAUUAUGGAUCGACUGGUGAAGUCAAGAGAAUAGACGUGACUCGUAUUCGUGAGAGGCUUGAUCAAGAUUCCAUAGUGCUCUUAAGUAAUCUGGGAUAUUCAAGUUCUGGAGAAGUAUUAAAUUGCAAUACUUAUGAAGUUGCUACAGCAUGUGCCUUGGCUCUUGGUGCAGAGAAACUCAUUUGCAUCAUAGAUGGACCAAUUCUAGAUGAAUGUGGGAGGCUUAUUCGGUUUUUAACUCUUCAAGAUGUAGACAUGCUAAUUCGUAGACGAGCUAAACAACGUGUGACGACUGCUAAUUAUGCUCAAGAAAAAGUUUGCUCAGCGUAUGAUGAAUCAAAUGAUACGGCCCUUUCUCCCAAUGGAAAGGCUUUUAUUCAAACUCCAAAAUUCCAAAAUGGAGUUGGUUUUGACAACGGGAAUGGACUUUGGUCGAGUGAACAACGUUUCGCUAUUGGAGGUCAAGAACGGCUGAGUCGACUAAAUGGUUACCUUUCGGAACUAGCCGCUGCAGCUUUUGUUUGUAGAGGUGGGGUUGAAAGAGUGCAUCUAUUGGAUGGCACUAUCGGUGGAGUUGUACUGAAGGAAUUGUUUCAAAGAGAUGGAGUAGGUACAAUGGUGGGUAGGUAUGCCUAUGGAUGCCCCAAACAAUGACUUUGAAGUUUGGGAAAUUCCCUAGUACGCAUGUAGUUGAUUGUUUACCUCUUUGUCAGCAGUCUUUAUGAAGGGCUGGAGUCAUUUAUUUUUUUGUUAUAAAAAAAAAUAUAUUAAUAUAAUUUUUUUAAAUAUAUUAAUAAUAAUAUAACGAGUCGCGAUUUAAAAUCGCAACUCGAAUAAAAAAAAAAAUUUAAAAA